AUGGAGAAGCGGACACCGAAAGAUAAUUCAGUGUCUAGUCUAUUCGGCAAGAUAGGAAAUUUAACUAAAAAGAAGAUAACAGAUGCAAAAUCAGCACUUGAUGCUCUUGCAAUCGUUUGCCAACAAAAUGACCAAAGAAGAUCCAAAGCUUGCAGUUUUGCAUCACAAAUUGCGUUCAUGCUGCAAGAGGAUUCCUUACUUUGGGUAGAUUCUGUUAUUACUUAUUUCGCAGAAUGCGCUACAAACGGAAAAUGGUUUUCAUCACCAAAAUCUUCACUAUUUUUAUUCGCAUUAAACAUCUCAUCAGGAACACCUAAAGAAGUUCGUCUACGAAUUCUUGCUGAUUAUGUAUUGUCACACGAAUUUCCAAGAAAUGAAGAACAAUUAUUUGAGCAAUUUCGUAUUAUGUCUCUUAUUCUUCAUUUAAAUUCUGCGGAUCGUGAAUAUUAUCCAUCAGGAGCUGUUUGCCUCCUUACAAAAGUUUUAUCUGAAAAAGAUCCUCUUGAAUUCAAACUUUCUCCUAAAUCUAGAAGCGUAGCAAUCAAAUACUUUACAGAUCUUCAACAAUACAAGAGUGUUAGAGAAAUUUAUCCAGAACUUGUCGUAUAUUUAAUAAAAGGCAAAGAUAUGGAGCCAGUUUAUACAGCAGCAUCUAAGAUUCGUGACGAUCGUAUCGCAGCUUAUCUUCGUCGCCGUGUUUACCCUCCAAUGAUUCAAAUGCUCGAACCAAUGCUUACUUCCAAGCCAAAGGAGAGGACAGACGAGCAGAAGCAGAAGAAGGCCCUCAGAAAGAUCAAAUCGGCCCUUAUCAGACAAAACAAGAAAGAAUCAGAAGAUCGUCUUAAGACACAGCUCGAAAAGCGUCGUCUUGACAAAGAAAAGAAGGAAAAGGCCAACAGAUUGGCACUUGCUCAACUUAACGAACAAAAUACUUACACACUCGACAUUGCAGCGGUCGAACCAAAGACUCUUGAAGAGGAAGAGGCUGAAAAGAGGAGAAAGGAGGAAGAGGAAGUUGAGGAAGAAGAAAAUGUUGAACAGAUAAUGAAGAAAGCGACAGAUAUGAGAGAUCCUGAUAUCUCUGAUGACUUCAGUGAUUCAGAAGAGGAUGAAGAAGAAGAUGAAUAA